GAGAGAGAGAGCUCUACCUACCGACAGAUUACAAGAGAAGUCAAGAGCACCGGGAACGCACCGUGCGGGCACGCAGAGGCACCAUGCAACGCCUUUGAGAUCGCCUUUGAAAUAUAUAUAUUAAUAAUAAUAAUAAUAAUAAUAAUAAAAAAGCCACCUUUUUAUAUCUAUAUAUAUCUAUCUCUCUAUUUAAAAAAAAAAAAAAAAAGACAACAACAACAACAACAAAAUAAAUAAAUAAAUAAAUAAUAAAAAAAAGCCGGACUGGAAACAGAGAGAGAGAGAGAGAGAGGGAGAGAGGAAAACAGUCCGGGACCGUCAGCACUCAUCCAGAAUUAAAGCCGUCUUUUUAAUUGUUUUUUUUUUUUUAAUUAUUUUUUUUUCAAUUUUUUAAAUUUUUUUUUUCAAUUUUUUUAUUAUUAUUAUUAUUAUUGUUUUUUUUUUUUUUUUUUUGCAUGCGAGGGUCAUGAGUUCCUACUUUGUAAAUCCUCUCUUUUCCAAGUACAAAGGCGGCGAAUCGCUGGAACCAACUUACUACGACUGCAGAUUUCCACAAAGUGUUAGCAGGAGCCAUGCUCUCGUGUAUGGUCCGGGCACCACUGCUCCCACCUUCCAGCACCCAUCACACCACGUCCAAGAGUUUUUCCACCACGGAACCUCCAGCAUCUCCAACUCUGGAUACCAGCAAAACCCGUGCGCCUUGGCGUGUCACGGAGACGCUUCUAAAUUCUAUGGAUAUGAAGCUCUGCCGAGGCAAUCGCUUUAUGGUGCUCAGCAAGAGACGACUGUUGUACAAUAUCCUGACUGUAAAUCGUCUUCCAACAGUAACUCUAGCGAGGGACAAGGGCAUUUAAAUCAAAAUUCGUCUCCCAGUCUCAUGUUCCCAUGGAUGAGACCUCACGCUCCCGGAAGACGCAGUGGCAGACAAACUUACAGCCGGUACCAGACCCUGGAGUUAGAAAAGGAGUUCCUCUUCAACCCGUAUUUGACACGGAAGCGACGGAUUGAGGUCUCUCACGCCCUGGGACUGACCGAGAGACAAGUGAAGAUCUGGUUCCAGAACAGGAGGAUGAAGUGGAAAAAAGAAAACAACAAAGAUAAGCUGCCGGGGGCCAGAGACGAGGAGAAAACGGAAGAAGAAGGGAAUGAGGAAGAGGAAAAAGAAGAGGAGGAAAAAGAAGAAAGCAAGGACUGAGUUCUCAGCCCCUUGAAGUCUCGUUUUAUGGCAGAUGAUAAAUCGAGAUGUUUACGACGGUCAUUUGCUUUUAUAGAGUAUAGAAUGGAGAGGCUCACACAGCAGUAACUACCUGUCAAACAGUUGUAGCCUUUUUUAUUGUCAUAGAAACUUCCCCUACUUUUUGCUCCCCCCCCCCCCCCCACUCUUUUUGUUUUGUUUUGUUUUGCUUUGCUUUGCUUUUUAAUAGCGGCGUUUUUAGCUCCAUAAAUACAUAGUUGGCUUCAGUGCAGCGACGGUAUAAGCGGAUGGGGGGGGGGGAACGGUGCAGCAAAACCCGAAUCCCCCCCCCCUCCCGUCCAAAGGCCGCAGCGCGUCCCCGGCUGCACAAAAUGUAUUUAUUUGAACAGCUUUGACUUUGCCUUUUUCCGCUUGGUUUUGCCUCUCGCGAAUGACCCCGAGGGAAGCGCGGGGGUGUCGGUGCUGCGGCCGUCUAUGGGGGCCGAUGGCCGUUCCUAAAAGCCGUUGAUCACUCAUUGAAGGCGAGAUAAGUGGGGGCUCGGAGCCCACCUGGCAGCGCCCGCACCUCCUCCCCAUUGCGUUCCCAUUGGGUUCCCAUUGAGUACCCAUAGUGUUCCUAUUGGGUUCCCGAUGUGCUCCCACUGGGUUCCCAUUGCGUUCCCAUUGGGUUCCCAUCGCGUUCCCGCUGUGUUCCCACUGGGUUCCCAUCGUGUUCCCACUGGGUUCCCAUUGCGUACCCAUAGCGUUCCUAUUGUGUUCCCAUUGGGUUCCCAUUGGGUUCCCAUAGCGUUCCCAUUGUGUUCCCAUUGGGUUCCCAUAGGGCUGAGUGUAGAAAAUGCCUAUAUUUUUUUUCUGCUUGGGACUCAAUAGGCCGAAAUUCGCCCCCAUUCCCCCCCCCCCUCACCCCCACCCCGAUCCCCACAGGCGCUGUUUGCCCUUUGGCUGUGUGAGCACUCGAAAUUCUUCAUGUACUACCUAAAGGGAAAACCUGCAAUAAUUAUCAGAGCUAAUAUCAACAAAGGGGCUGACGUAUCCUAAAUUCCACUCGCUCCGCAUUUAUUUAAGAGAGAGAGCCGUGUUUCUGCCCUGAUGCAAGCUACUAAGUAGCAUAACAUAAUCAUAAAAUAAUAAUAUUAAUAAUAAUAAUAAUAAUAAACCAACCAACCUUGUAUUGUACUUUAUCACUACCUAUAGAAGGAGUCAUGCUUUGAAAGUAUUUGUAAUGCGGUUUUAUUGUCGUUUGUUGCUGCUUAUUUUCUCGAGAUGAUAAUUGAAAAAAAAAAAUGUAAAAAAAAAAAUCAUUAAAAAAAAAUAAAAAAUAAAAAAUCCCAACAACUGAAACUGCCUAGUUGAGAACGCACAGCAUUGUAUUCUUUUUAUUGUGCUUAUAAAGUAGUGUAGGACUAAAUUGCACUGAAUGUAUAGUUAUCUAUUUGUCUUGACUUAUCUGUUAAUGCGACAUGCUCGAAACGAACAAACAAGAAAGAGAAUCGUCCUUUGUUUUAUGUAAAAGCAUCGUUCUGCGUGUGCCACCUCUGAAUGUAGCAAUUCCAGCCAGAAAAAAAAAAAAAGAUAAAAAAAAUAAUAAAAAAAAUAUAAUAAUCCCAUUUCUGGACACCGUGGAUUUGUAUCGUAUACGUGAGACAUUGCGUAAAUAAUAAUAAUAAUGAUAACGAUGAUGAUGAUAAUGAGAAUAAUAAAAGGUUU